GUAAAAGAAGUCAUGGUCAACAAACUCCAUGCAGUAGAUGGCACUGUGCGACCUUAGUCUCGCAACAGUCAGCGUGCCAAUACACAGUACUAGUACAGUCGCUGGUUGUACUUCACCUCUGCCUUUGAGGACAAUGCAUUGUGUUUCCCUCGGUUCCUGUAUUACAAUGUACAACACUCUCCCAUAUAAGUACACAGACUUACAUUCGAGGACCAUUCUCAAGAAUCAAUGUGUACGUUCGAGGACAACAAAGAAUCUAUUGUUCUCUCAUUGUCUUGCAGUCCUUAGAGUGAACACACCUACUGGAAAAUGCAUAUAAAUUUAAAUGUGUAUGAACAGAAGUGCCUUCCACAGAAAAAAAAGUUCGCUUCAAGUGCCUUUUUAUUGCUGUUAUUUUUGUUUAAUACUUAUUUUCUCCACUUAAAAACAAUUUAUAAAGAAAAAACAUCAAAAAGCCAAAUCCUUUCUCAGUAAUCAUGUCUAACAUGUACUGACAAAGUCUCUUUUGUCUAAAACUUAAAGAAAACAUUACACCAAAUUAUUAUGGGCACAAGGCAAUUUGGUAGUCCCUCUAAUUUGUUGAGUGAAUAUACAUGUAAACAUGUUUUACAUUUAAUAUAUGAUUUGUCAAACAAUUUUAGUACAUACAAAUAAGAAUGUGACUUUCUUUCUCUUGCAGUUCGGCGUUCAUCCAAAUGGCAAACCCAGACAAGCUGUCAACUCAACCUUACAGUGGAUGACUCACCAAAAAGGCCUUGUACUCUGACAAGUCAUUACUGCUAUUGAACAGGAAACUACUAUUACAAAGGAAAAGCAGCUAAUAUUUAGGAGAGACUUCAGACAGUUCAUUUGAAAGACAAAAGCCAAGAAAUGGCGAAGCUCACAGACUUGAGUCUGUCCGUUGCACUUUUGAUACUUGGCCUAGUGUCAACUGUCCUUGGUCAAAUAUGGCCAGGUCAACGGUACUGUCCUUGUAUCUGUGCACGGCUGUCAACUCCAGAGCUGACGUACGCCCUGGGACCGGGGGUAUACAAGCAGGUGGACUGCAGAUACCGAAAUGUGAAUGAUGUGCCUUCCAAUAUCCCCCGUGACACACAGGUCCUCCUUUUGAGCCACAAUGGUAUCAUCAACAUCUCUGAUAAUAUUGACUACUUGUACGACUUGCUCUACCUGGACAUAUCCCACAACCACCUGAGCGGUGUGUAUUUCGAUGACGUCCGCAAAAACACCAAGCUGUCCUUCAUCAACCUUGGCUGGAACGACAUCACGUACAUCACGCCGAGGGCCUUCCGCUUCAUCAUGAACUUGAACCACUUGAUCCUGACCAGCAACAAACUGGUCUAUGUCCCCGAGGCCAUCUCCAACUUGACCAGCCUGGGCAUUCUGGAUCUCGCGAAGAAUCGCAUCCAAGGGUUGUACACAAACUCCUUGCAGGGACUUCCAAAUCUGCAGUUCUUGAACCUCCAGGAAAAUCGCAUCGGUGAGGUAAACAUUGGCUCAUUCUAUCAAUUGCCGCAACUUAGGACCCUCCACUUGAAUGACAACAUUAUUUCCUACCUUCCCUCUCAAGUUUUCAAUGGCUUGUCUUUCCUGGAAGUUCUAUCACUCAACAACAAUUUACUCCAGAAUCUCUAUCCAGGAGUGUUCAAUGCAAUGUACAACAUCAGGACCAUUGACCUCCAUGGGAAUACACUCAAUCAUUUGAGCCGGGAGACAUUCCACGGAUUGAGUUCCUUGGAAAAUCUGUACUUGAAUGCCAAUAACCUGCGCAACCUCCCUUCUACACUCUUCCAAGGACUUUACAAUCUCCGGAUCUUGGAUAUCUCAGACAAUACACAUAUUGGGACAUUUCCAUUUGGGCUGCUGUAUGGACUGCACAACCUUGAAACUUUAAAAAUCAGCAACGCGCAGCAUGUUCCACAGGGCCUUUUUGCUGGUUUGAGAAAAAUGCAAUCACUUAAGAUAAAACAGAGCAGGUUACCCGAGAUAUCCGCGACACUCUUUCGAGACCUCUCGAGUCUGCAAAUCCUAGAGCUUCCCGAAAACCAUAUUGCCACCCUUCAGCCAAAUUCCUUCAGUUCACUGUGGACCCUAACCACCUUGGAUUUGUCUAACAAUGAAAUCAAAUCUAUAAACAAUGCACCAUUUUACGGCACCAAUUUCUAUGCUCUCACAACUUUACACCUGCAAAACAAUGUGAUCGAUGAGCUUGAGGACGGCGCCUUUACAAAUAUGCCACAACUACAAGAGGUGCGCCUUGACAAUAACAACAUCCCAGUUGUGCGAAACGGCAUAUUCUCCUGGAGGACGCAACUGCGUUCCAUCACACUCGACCACAACCAGAUACAUACCAUUGAGGAAGGUGCCGUGCGUGCAAUGGACAGCAUCGACCGAAUGACCGUCGUCAGUAAUUUCCUCAGUUGCGACUGUCAUCUGAUCAGCUUUGCAAAGUGGUUUCAACAGAACUGGCAGAAUGUGGAACGUGCAAAUGAAGUCUACUGCUAUGCCCCACAAGUGUACAACAACAGGCGCCUCAUUGAUAUGAUUAACGGUCCCAGGAACCCAUUCCAGUGUGUGUAUCCAAGGAUAUCAACUGAACCGAAAAUAGCAAACUUCACCAAGUUCAUUGGCGAGGAUGUCUACCUUCACUGCCAUCUCAUCCCCACAGCGGUUGCAACCCUAACAUGGGUGUUCCCUGAUCAGCAUGAGGAGGAUGCUCCAUCCUUCCCUCCACUCAUGAACCAGACGGUGCGGGCUCUGACCAACCACUAUGGCACACUCAUUCUGUACAACAUCCAGAGGAAAGAUGCUGGUUCAUACAAAUGCAAAUCAACAAACACAGUUGGUGCCGACACAAUAGUCUAUAAUAUUAAGGUCUUGGAGCGAAUACCUGCAACUCCUGUGACAACUCCAAGGAUUGAUCCAGUCACAGACAAUUCUGAUGAUGGAACUACUACUUUAAACCUGACACCACAUGAAGAGUGGCCUGGGCAAGGUCCAGGAACAGAAAAUGAGACAGUUACCACAUGCAACCCAAACCCUUGCCAAAAUGAGGGAUCUUGCAGUGAAGAGCCCAACGAGCAAAGCACGGAGAGUACCAGCAUAGUCAGUCGGGAAAGCAGUGAGUUUGAAAAGCAGAAUGUAGUGCGACAGGCAGGCUGCAUAUGCCGAAAGAACUAUGGGGGCAAUUUCUGCCAAUACCGGAAACCUGACAUGCCCAAAGAGGUGACAGUCAUUGCUUCAAAUAAGAAUUAUAUCAGUCUAACCUGGGAGGGGUCCGAUAUGCAAAACGUGCAAGGCUACCGUGUUCUCUACAGUAUUGUAGGUGAGCGGACAGUAGUCAAAAGCGUGCCUAUACACCCGACGGUACAGAGUUACACAAUGGAGGGCCUGGAGACCGGCGUGUCGUACAAGAUCUGCGUGGUGGCCUUCAACCAAGGUGGCGAGAGCACAGUCGGCGACAACGACUGCAUCUGGGCAGAAACGCAGAAGGCUGCACAGCGGACAAAUUCAAUAUUCAACACUCAAUUUCUGACCAUUGGCGGAAGCUGCUUAGCAGUUGUUGUCCUUCUCAUCCUGAUGGGAUAUGGCUACCAGAAGAUCCAAGAGAGGAGACACAACAAAGAUGCCUACGAUGAGCCAAUGAUGCAAUCCAACAUGAGCCCCUCAAGCUCCGUUGCAGAGGUGUUUCGAAAAAGCAUGCGCACUACUAUGCCAUCUCAUCAAUCCUCUUUUUACCGCAACUCAGACGAUGUCAUGCUGAUUGAUCUCCAGGGCUUGCCUGAUAGACAAAUGUACAUGAAUCCUAUGGACUCCAGACAAAGCCUGCAUCUAGGAGAUGCACCAUUGAGGGACUUUGUGCCUGGGGAGCCUGAAUUAUUCCCCAAAGGCAACAAGAGGAAAACUCUUAAGAUACAGGACACACAAAUGUGAGUUGGCUGUUGGAUAUAUGGCGAGAUGCUUCUCAGCAGAAACAACCAGAUUUCUCCGGAUGCUCCCAAUAUUGCUGCAGCAUCAAUUCUCAAGAUGAAAACUGAGAGACAAAUGGGCAGUGACACCUACAUUGUAAUGCCUGCGUUUAAUGGAUCUGAUGCAUCAUCCCUUGUAUAAUCUGCUGUCACAAUUUGUGGAAAUGAGACUGAAUGUUUCCAACAACAAACGUCUGACGUCUUCAAUCGUUCAAUCUUCGGUCAAUGUUAUAGACUUUCAUGUAAGACAGCCAGAGCUUAAUUAUUGUGCAAUCGCACUUGUUUUAAACCAGUAGACAACUGGUGAGUCGGUUUCCUUUAGUAUACGGGCGUCCGACCUAUUAAACCCAGACACUUCACAACAACUAUCCACAAGUGCUGCAUCCUGAGGCAGGUCUCAGCUGGAUGGUGCUGGGGAAGACCGGCCUCAUUUCCUGGACAGCUCAUCACAAAGGGCCACGGGCACACCUUGGCCUGCCCCUAACUAGGGUCAAAGGAAGUUAACCUAUUUAUCGUGGUGCCGUUGUCACCCCAAAAUGGUGAUUCAUUCAAUGUGUGUAUAAAGGUGUGAUGUAGCGAAGAAGGGCAACACACCUGAAAUGUGGUUAUGACAGCAAUUUAGAGAACAAUUGAUCUAUAAUGUCACAAUUUGAGGAAAGAGAGUUGAUAUUCAAAGCAGAACGUCGUAAUUAUAAGAUUAAAUCCUGUUACAAAUUACAUGAAUUAUAAAACUGGUGCAAAAAGAUAGGUUACACAUAAAAGAGGAUAUUUUCUAUAGUUGGCCUGGUUUUUUAAUGUAAUUUUAAAUUUCAAUUUAAAUGUAAAUUUUAUAUUCUGACAGCCGAGUAGGGUUCCAAAUUUUCCAGUGCAGCCACAAGUAAAUGCUUCGAUUCUGUGCAGUCAUCAGGUCACAUGCAUGCCACACAUGUACUGGCCCUGAUGCAAUUACGUCAAUCAGCUUAUAACUGCUUCUACAUGUUGUUUACCCAGUGCCUGGAAGUUAUCAGUUUAACACUUAAACAUGACACACUAAUCCUUUUAAAAUGAAUAAUAUAGGAAAUUUGUCAUUAAUGCAAAUUUGCAUGUCUGUACAGCUGGAUAUGGCCUGUCGUAUUUCACUCCUGAUUGGUUCAUUGAAUUAAGUCAAUAUAGGUGAACAAUGGGUUCCCACUGCAUGAAGCUAUUAACACCGUCUGGCGGAAAUUUUGACUUUAGCAAUCAAUAACUACAUGUGUGUAGUCGAUGAAUGAUUUACACAGGCACCUUGCCAAAUGCAUCAGCUGUGUUGAAGACCAUACAGCAGUGCAUGUAAUACAUACAUUUGUAUGACACAUGGAUUCAGGCACUGGCAGAGUGAUGCAUUAUUGGCUGAUGAACAGCGCUUAUGUACGUUCUUGUGUCUACAUGUACUAACUCUCUGAAAAUUAUUUUUUUGGUUACCUUCCUGAAACCACCAAAAUCCAACACAAAACAUAGUUGGCCAUUAAGCCCCAUGUACAGUAGAGCAUGGGGCCAGACGGCAUCUAAUGAGUCCAGCACAAAUCAAAACCAGGAGCUGGAAUUAAGGCACAUUUGUGAGGGUUGUAACUCUGUAAUUACAGCUGGGCGAGUAACUCCAUUACUCGAGUACUCGAGUACUCGCGAGUACUUUAUGCUACUUGUGGUUUUUCAUCUAUUUGAGUACGGUACUCGUCCUGGCACGAGUAGAAUCAGGUACUCGUGGGUAGCAAUUUAGGGUUUAGGGUUCACUUCUUAAUACGUUACCUGCAAACAGGGAAUCACUCCCUCCAUCUCUCUCUCCCUAGGAUUCCAUUCGUCCAAAAAUAAAAAUUAAAGUAAAUGAAUCAAAAUGUCGCACAGUAAGGAUAUCUCAGUGCUUAAGAAUGUGGUGUGAGUUGCACGCUAUUUGCUUGUAGUAACUUCCAGUCAUACUAUUGAAUACAUGUCAUUUUUCUGGUUUUAUGGGAAUUUGGUUAACCACCGGUACAUUCAGCUGUAUACGUGUAAAUGACAAAACGUGUUAAUGACAAAAUACUUUGUGAAAACGUUUUAAAAGAAGCCUGUUUUCUUUGUUAAUGGUUUUAAUGCUACAGUGUAAAGACAUGUGUUCCAUUUUGCAUUUCAUACAACACAGGCAUCGAUUUACAAAGGCUGGCCUCAAGUGAAUUUGUCUGGUUGCCACGAAAGGGAAAUAUUUGUAAAUAUUCAUGAAGAAUUGAUUCAGCCUGCCAGGAGUAGGUUCUGUAAUAAACCUGUUAAAAUAUUUGCUUACUUUCUAUAAAUAUUAUAUCAAGGUGUAUUAAAUUCCAUGCUUGUAUAUUUCGGCACUUAAACAGACUGCCUGCUGAGCAUAAACAUAUAGCUGAACACUACUGUACAGUUUUAUCUAUGGUUGUAUGUAUGUGUAAGUUACAUUUAAUUUGGUACAUAAACAUGUAUAGUCCGGUUUAACGUCAUAAGGAGUAAACAACGGGGGUGAGAGUGACCACUGAUAAAAAAGAGCUGAAAACACCUGAAAAAAGUGUUAAAAAAGCUGAACUUUGGAAAUCUCCUAUACCUUUGUACACAGCAAGUGAGGGAAAA